AAUCUGAAAUUGUGACGUAGAUUAGAAGCAUAAGUACAUAAAUAUACAACAACUGAUUCCACUUUCUUCUCAUUUCUCAGUUUGCGAUUUGAGAUAAUAGGGUGGGAAAAAGAGGAAAUGGCAAAGAAGGAACUUUUUAAAGAAAAUGGGGAAGGAGAAGAAGUGUGCAAAGCUGACUUCCCUCCUAAUUUUGUGUUUGGGGUUGCCACUGCUGCAUAUCAGAUCGAAGGAGCCUGCAAUGAGGGUAGCAGGGGUGCUAGCAUAUGGGAUUCUUUUUCACACACAGAAGGAAAAAUUAUUGAUGGAAGCAGUGGUGAUGUGGCAGUUGAUCAUUAUCAUCGAUACAAGGAAGAUGUCAACCUUAUACACAAGUUUGGAUUUGAUGCUUAUAGGUUCUCCAUAUCAUGGUCUCGUAUCUUUCCUGAUGGUGUGGGAACCAAAGUCAAUGAAGAAGGAAUUGCCUUUUACAACAACCUUAUUAAUGCUCUUAUUGAAAAGGGCAUUCAACCUUUUAUAACUUUGUACCAUUGGGAUCUCCCUUUGCAUCUUCAAGAAACAAUUGGAGGGUGGUUAGAUAAGCAAAUUGUAAAUUACUUUGCCAUCUAUGCAGAUACUUGCUUUGCACACUUUGGUGACAGAGUAAAGAACUGGAUCACUAUAAACGAACCGCUCCAAACUGCAGUGAAUGGGUAUGAUACUGGGAUAUUUGCUCCUGGAAGACGUGAAGGUUCUUCAGAAGAACCAUAUUUGGCUGCGCAUCAUCAGAUCUUGGCCCAUGCAACGGCUGGUUCAAUAUACCGAAGCAAGUACAAGGAUAAGCAAGGUGGACAAAUUGGGUUGGUGCUAGAUUGUGAAUGGGCAGAGGCUAAUUCUGAUAAAAUUGAAGAUAAAUCUGCUGCAUCAAGGCGCCUUGAUUUUCAACUUGGAUGGUACUUGUGCCCAUUAUAUUAUGGAGACUAUCCUGCAGUUAUGCUUGAAAGAUUAGGAGAUCGACUUCCCAAGUUCUCAGAGGAAGAAAAGAAAUUGCUUUUAAACUCUUUGGACUUUCUUGGUCUUAAUCAUUAUACGUCGAGGUUUAUUUCUCAUGCAACAAGUUGUUCUGAAGAAAGUUAUUUCUAUAAAGCACAAGAGAUGGAAAGAAUCGUUGAAUGGGAAGGGGGUGAAAAGAUUGGUGAAAAGGCAGCUUCAGAAUGGCUUUACAUUGUCCCUUGGGGACUCCGGAAGGUUCUCAAUUAUAUAGCGCGAAAAUACAAUAAUCCCCCAAUAUACAUCACCGAGAAUGGGAUGGAUGAUGAAGAGGACAACAGUUUGCCCCUCAGUGAGAUUCUUGAUGACAAAUUAAGAGUUCACUACUUUAAGGGAUACCUUGCUGCAGUCGCUCAGGCAAUCAAGGAUGGAGCAGAUGUGAGGGGAUACUUUGCAUGGUCAUUAUUAGACAAUUUUGAGUGGGCUCAAGGCUAUACCAAGCGCUUUGGUUUGGUUUAUGUAGAUUACAAGAACAGUCUCACUCGGCAUCCCAAGUCUUCAGCAUAUUGGUUCUCACGGUUCUUGAAAGGUGGUGAAAAGAAAAAUGGCAAGGAAAACUAAAUUGUCUGAAGCUGAAAUUGCCAAGCUACAAAACUAGUCUUUUCAUCUCGAAUCCAUAGUGUUUUAGCCAAGAAGAAUAUAAAAAGUUCGCUUAAGUGGUUGGGAAGGGUCUAACUUUAAAGAACUGAAAUGGAACGUUUCUGAUGCUAUUUGUGUUUUCUGUAAAGCAGAUAUGAUGAGGUACAUUAAGUGCCUGGUAUGCUUUUUUUGCAGCCUUUUUGUUUUGAUGUCAUACAUACUAUAUAUGAAAUAAGCUGGUGUGUAACUCCAA